UUCGAUCUUAUCUUACCUACCUAUUGGUUUUUUUUUUUCAUUUCGUUUUUCUUUUAGAAUUCUUACGAAUUCCUCGGCUUCUUUUGUCAUUUUUGUUUGGAGGGAUUGAUUUGAUUUGAUUGAACUGGCUGGUGGAUUGAAUUGAUUUGAAGAGGUGAGGUGAUUUGAAGAGGAGAGUUGAGGAGAGUUGAAGGAUUUUUGUGCAGGAGGGGAGGGAUUGAUUGGGAGAUUGAGGGAUUACUGCGACUGCAGUGUAAUGGCGAUGAUGUCGGAUGCGAAGGUGAAGAUGAACGUGAAGAUGGAGGGGAAGGGGGAUGAGGGUGGCAAUGGGAAUGUGGGUGUGGAUAAGAGUAAGAGUGAUGGAGUUAAGAGUGAGGAUGGGGGGAAGAGGGAUGUUAAGAAGGAGGAUGGAUUGGAUCAACAGGAUCAACAGGAUGAUUUGGAUGCGCUGGAGGGGUUGGAGAGUGAGGCGAAGGAGUUUAUGAAGGUUUGUUUUUCGUGUUUUGUUUUUUAAUUUUGCGGGUGUGUGUUUUAGAGAGGGGGGGUUUGAUGAAGGGAGUGACAGGCAGAAGGGAUGUUUUUGGUGUGUCGCAGGGGAUAGAUUGGGAGACUAUAUGUGACGGGAUACAUGCUAAUCUUAUGUGUUAUCUAUAGGAUACAGAAAUCGAUAGGAUAUUAAAAGCUUUUCGUUUGGAUGCGUAAGUUUAUUCUUUCAUUGCUAGAAUUAAAGAUGGCACAAAAACAGAGGAAGAAUUUGAGUCUGAGGUUGAGCUUGAAGAAGUGGUAAAAACGCGCUACGAUCAAAUGCUAACAACCACACAAACAGCUACGCAGUCCUAGACCUUCAACCCGGAGUCGGCGAAUCCGAUAUCAAAAAAUGUUACCGCGUAAAAUCCCUCCUAAUCCAUCCAGAUAAAACCCGCAAUCCACUCGCGCCAGACGCAUUCGACCGAUUAAAAAAAGCCCAAAUAGAACUCAUGGAUGAAAAACACCGCGAAAGACUCGACGAAUCGAUUGCCGAUGCUAGAAUGUUGGUCAUGCGGGAAAAGGGUUUGAAUAGAGAUAGUCCUGAAGUUAAAGAACCCAGUGAAGAGUUUCGAAAAGCGUGGAGGGAGAAAAGGUACAUUUGCUCUGGGAGAAAAGCAGAGGAGAAAGGGGGAGGGGAGGAGGGAGUUGAAGAAGGUGGAGCUGGGGUGGAGGGGAGAAGAGAAAGAAGGUUAAACCUUGGGUUAGGGGUUGUUUGUGUUUGUGCUUGUGGGUUUGGCUUUCGGUUACGUGUGUAUUGGGAUUUGGCAAUGGGAAUGGAAAUGUAGUAUGUGGAUAUGAUAAAGAUGGAUGGAUGGGGAAUGAAAUGGAAUGGAAUGAACUGAAGUGAAUUGAAUUGAAACGGGGUACUAAGGAUGAAAAUAAAUAUAUACGUAUAAUCGAUACCUCCGGUGCUCUUAUGAAUGGAGAAAUUCACGACCAGUCACCUCGAUAGCUAUAUAUCACAUCAUAUCGUAUAAUCUCAUCGUAUAAUCAGUAAAAGAUGAAUGAAGCGUACGUUCUCGUGCUAC